GCGGGUGCAAAAACCCAAUUGGCCUUUGCACUCCUUCUAAACAAUGCAAUUUUUUUUAAUCUUUGGGGGAAAGUCUAAACGUUGUUGGCUCUGUUCGUAACAGAUUAUAGUGUUUGGAAAAAUUCUGCAGAUUGUUGGACAAAAUCAAUGCAACGUCAUCACUACCAUAUUUAUUAUUGAGUGGAAACGCCAAGCGGAUGCUUCAUCUUUAUACAUCCAGUGAAAUAUCUGUCUCAUUGUUCUAUCUGCGUUUCGACUGUUGAUCCGGAAACUCACUGAGGGACAUACUCUUCCGCUCCGAGAUUUGUACUAGUAAAUAGAUGAUAUUGAGUUACUAUUAAAGAUAAUGGUAUUGUUAAUAUAGUAACUUGUUAUACUGUCAAUGGUUCAACAUAUUAGACACACUAACAAUAGCUCGUUAGUGUGUCAAAGUGUUGGGGGAGUGGAAGUGAUCGUUAUUUCCCAUAUAUGCAACUUGAACUGUGAUCGAAGUAGCCUACGUCCAUGCGGGGUAUAACGUUAGGUCUGCUAGGCUACUCCGGACAGUUGCUCUGUGAACAAUUUAGGGGAAAUGACAGGAAAGGUUGAAGGGAUGAAGCAGAAAAAGACUAAAUUGAAGGAUUUCCUCGAGAAUAUCAGUGUGCUGCAAUGGAUACUGACCUUCCUCUUAUUAGGUCUGGCUUGUAUUGGGUUGAUGGUGUACCUUAUGUUUACCUCUCUGUGGCCACUGCCUACUCUCUACUUCAUAUGGCAGUUGAAGGACUGGCACACACCUGAAAGAGGGGGCAGGAGAACUGCAUUUGUGAGAAACUGGAAAAUGUGGAAACAUGUAAGGGACUACUUCCCAAUGAAGUUGGUGAAGACAGCGGAGUUGAAUCCAAACAAGAACUACAUCUUAGGGUGUCAUCCUCAUGGGGUCAUGAGUAUGGGAGCCUUUACCUCUUUCAGCACUGAGGCCUGUGGCUUUAUGGACCUCUUCCCUGGGGUGCGCUCCUGCCUCUGCAUACUAGGUGGCAUCUUCAAGGUCCCCCUCUACAGGGAAUAUGCCAUGGCCACAGGUUGUUAUCCAGUCAGCAAGCCCAGUCUAGAGCACCUUCUGUCUAAAAGUGGGAAAGGCAAUGCGGUAGUGAUUGUGAUAGGGGGCGCUACUGAGUCUCUGCUGAGUCUGCCUGGGGUCAAUACUGUGUAUAUGAAGCAGAGGAAAGGCUUCGUCCGGGUGGCCCUGGAGUUUGGGGCUGACCUGGUGCCUGUCUACUCGUAUGGGGAGAACAAUAUCUUCCGCCAGGUGAUCUUCACAGAGGACAGUGUGGGCUGGAGGUUGCAGCAACUCUUUAAGAAGCUCAUGGGCUUUGCCCCCUGUCUGUUCGUGGGUGAAUGCUGGUUCUGGAUGCCUUACCACUGCCCUGUUACCACUGUCGUGGGUAGUCCUAUCCCAGUGCCAAAGCGGCCUUCCCCCACUCAGGAGGAAGUGGAUCACUACCAUGGCCUCUACAUGGAGGCCCUGGCCAAGCUCUUCCAUGGACACAAGGCCAGCUGUGGACUCUCAGACAGCCACGAGCUGCGCAUCAUAUAGGCCAAUCAUUUAGACUGCUCCCACAAGGACUAUGUGAAUGACGAGAGUUGUCAUGGUGUCUUUCUGUCAGAUACUGUAGCCAACCUCCACAGUGAGACUACUUGAAUGACCAUAUUCCAACUCAGGAUCCAGCGAUGUCUCAAUCAUUGAUCCCUGGAUCCACUAAGCUGCCUGGCUAAUAACUUUGGACUGUAUUUGCUGUAAGGGAACAGUGCAUGUGCUUUAAUGUACCAAUAAUUUUGAGGCAAGCCGAAGUCGGUAACCCCUUGGUCGGUAGUCAACAGUAGGAUUCUUCAGUAAAAUCUUUGUUGUCAUUCAGCAAGAGGCGACUCAUUUUCAUGCACAUUUUUUCAUUGAGAAAUACUGCACCAAACAUGUCAAAUGCGUGACUAAGAUCUCCUCUGCAAAAACGUCAAAAUUAAUGACAGAUUUCUUGAGUCAUCUUAGAUGAAUUCUGACUAUUUUGAGAAAGUGUAUACUGGCUAGGACUUUGGCUAGCCAACCAGCCGAACUGAAGCAUACUGACGCUUUCCCCUCGUCCAACAUCCCACAUCUCAAUGUUAUUACCCCCAAAAGCUGUUAAGUACAACACUCACACACACCACAACUCAACAACUUUUGGGGGUAAUAAUAUUGAUUGAUACUGGCAAGAUGCACAGUGCAACAGGUAGAUAUUAUAUUUUUAGUAGUUGUAAUGUGUGUUAUAUAUCCAUCACAGACCAUCGGUGGUGGUACAGGUUGCCAUGGAGAUGUAUGGAUGAGUGGAAUGCCCUGCAGGAGUUGGAAUGCCCUGCAGGAGUAAACCUGACAGCAUGGUGCCUUCUAAAGGCCUCAUUAUGCUUCAGUUUGGGUGGCACCUUGGGUGUGCUCGCAUACUCCAUUGUUUGAAAAAAAAGUGGCAUAUGAGACGCUGUAGCCAAUAUAUACUUUCUCAAAAUAGUUCGAAUUCAUCUAAGAUAACUGAAAAAUUCUGUCAUUAAUGUUGACGUUUUUGCCAGAGGGAUCUUAGUAACACAAUUGUACAUCUGAAAAAGAAUGCACCAAACAUCUUAGUUAAUAAAAAAAUGUGCAUGAAAAUGAGUCGUCUCUCAUUAAAUGACACAGACAUUAUUAAAGAAUCCCUACUGUUGACCAAUCACCGACGAAGGGGCGUAGACUUCAGCUCCGACCUUCGUCUCGCCUCCAGAAAAACAUUUGUGUUCCCGAACAGCAGAAAAAAACCUUCACCGAAGUCCAUAACGAACAAAAACGUCACAAAAUGUUGUCUUAAUUAAUGCACAAACUCUACUAAACAGUUUCGGCUGGGAAUCAUGCUGACGCCUUUAAGAUACUCUCCAUUUCAUAACAAACAGAGAUUGAUUGUGAUUUAGGAUUUAUAAGGAAAUACUGUGCAUACACUUCUACAUGAAUGUGGAUGCUACCAUGAUUACAGGUAGUCCUGAAUGAAUUGUGAAUAAUGAGGGAGAAAGUUAGAGACAUAAAUAUCAGACACCUGUGAAAGGAGGGAGAGAGGGAGUCAUUGCUAAAUUAUGAGUGGAGAAACUCUCACAAGUUCUACCCAUCACAACACUAACAACAUUCAACCAAAAGAGAAGAGACCAGGUACACCCUCUGCAGUGCCAGUGGUGUACCUGGUUUCAUGUUGCGUGCCCAGGCAGCGGACACAGCAGUAGCGCGCCCCACAGGAAUUGCAGGUGUAGGGAGACCGGAAGCCACACAUGGCACAAAAGUGAUGCUGGGGCAGUUUGGAGGGCUCGGCACAGGCAGUCGGGUCCCUCAUUCCGACUCAGUUCCUAUAGCGAGCAGCUGGAGAUGAAAGGAAACAAGGAUUGUGAAGAGAAGGAGCAAAUGAUUAAAGAGAGGGGAGGAACGCAGGGCCAUAUUUAUGGACCUCACCUCUUCUUCCAGUAGAGCCAGGAAUUUUUUUCUGAAAUCUGAAUUUGAAAUAAUCUCCUCGUGUCUUCUUCUUGCCUGAGGACAUAAGUGGAGUGAGCCAGGAAUGGACAGAUCAGUGAUUGCAAAACUUGUGUAUUAGGUAUCUCUGAUCUGAUUAUGUUUGCUUUAGACUCGUGGCUGUCCUCAAACUGGGGGAGCGUCUUGGUCAGCUGGUUUAGGCUGGAAUGAGGAUCAUCAAUUGUCCUUUUCGAAGUGUCUUUAGCUGUCUGGUUAAAAGCCAAUUUAUGCUUCAUCCAAAAAUGUGGUCGGAGGCUUCGUAUGGAGGUUGUGACGCCAUUGUAGAGCCUCCUGAAGCAUGCAGAGGCCAAAUCAAGCUCCAUGCACCUCUCAAAUGUUGUAACAAUGCAGCGGGCUCCGUAUAGCUUCGCAUUGACGUGAUUGGUUGAAGCAUGUUGUCUUCUUUUGACUCUAUACUCCAAAAGUAUGGAUUUGAAAUCAACUUUAAUUAUCUUCAUCCAUAUUGGGUGAACCGUAUAGAAAUUACAGCACUUUUGGUACAUAGUCCCCCCAUUUUAGGGGAGCAAAAGUAUUGGGACAAAUUCACUUACCGGUAUGUGUUUUAAAGUAGUAAGAAAUGAGGUAUUUGGUCCCAUGGGAGCGGUUGGAACCCCAAGGGGUUAUAUGAAAACGUCACAUCAAAAUAAACAAUAUACAAUACAUAAGUACAAAAAUAAAAAAGGUUUGUUAAAACAGAUAACAAAACUUACUAAUUAUAAAUGUAUAAAUGAAUUGUAAUCAUGAAAAUAAUAUAUAUGUUUUUGUUUA